AUGGAAGUCGCAGUCCCACUGGGAGGCGAUAUCCCAAAGCCAGCACCGAAGCAAUAUACAUCCCCAGCCAGCGUAUUCCUGAAAGAAGAAGUCUACCGACUCGGAUCAUUGCCAGGCCUGAGAUCCCUACCGCCAGGCCCAGAACGCGAUUUUCUCACCCUAUCAUGGGGACCUAUCGUCUACCGCACCUCAUACGCCCCCGAAACCAAACGUCUGCUCCCCGUGUUUAUGCGCUACCUCAACAGUUCCGUGGCCCGGGCGUUUCGCCGGACGUUGAUAGGCUCCGAUGAAGAAAUCGAAAUCCUCACAAACACAUAUUCAACCAAGAUUUUCAACUCGCGAGAAAUGUACGCCGAUAUGAAUGUGGAAGAGAUUCGACAGAUAUUCCACGAGUUUAAGGUGUCGCUCGGGUUACCAGAAACAGAGCUCCCGAGCAGACUGCGCAUAUGCUUGAUGCUAGAUGAUGGAGCGUUGUCGCACUUGAAAGGUGUUUUGGAUCUUUCCUCGAUGGCUGAGAGUGAUGCAAAUGUGGGUGGAUGCUGGGUGAAGGUUAUUGAGGAGAAUUUCCCGGAUUCGAGGAUUGGUGAUCACCCGCUUGCGGAACCCGGCAUGGAAUGUGUAUCUGACUCUCUUCGGGAACAGCGUGGGAGUUAUCAUGGGUGGACGACGGUGGCACUCGAUGCGUUAGUAGAGGUCUUUGAUGGGCUUCGGCAAAUGAAAUGCUUGAUUGACUAUCACCGGGAGGGAAAGGUGUACUUGGGAGAGGGGAAAUGGAGCCUUUAG